UCUGGCAACCCUGGGCUGCUGUGGAGCGGUUAUGGAGCUGCUGACUGGAACUGGCCUGUGGCCUGUGGCCUUAUUCACAGCCAUCUUCAUAUUACUGGUGGACCUGAUGCACCGGCGACAGCGCUGGACUUCCCGCUACCCACCGGGCCCUGUGCCAUGGCCUGUGCUGGGUAACCUACUGCAGGUGGACCUAGAUAACCUUCCAUACAGCUUGUACAAGCUUCAAAAUCGCUACGGUGACGUGUUCAGCUUGCAGAUGGCCUGGAAGCCUGUGGUUGUGAUCAACGGACUAAAGGCGAUGCAGGAAGUGCUGGUGACCCAUGGAGAGGAUACUGCUGACCGUCCUCCAAUGCCCGUCUUUGAGUACAUGGGUAUGAAGCCCAGAUCCCAAGGUGUGAUCCUUGCACACUAUGGGCCUGAGUGGCGAGAGCAGAGGCGAUUCUCUGUGUCCACCCUUCGCAACUUUGGUGUGGGCAAGAAAUCUCUGGAGCAGUGGGUGACCAAGGAGGCCGGUCAUCUCUGUGAUGCCUUCACAGCCCAGGCUGGGCAGUCCUUCAAUCCCAACACCAUACUGGACAAAGCUGUUUGCAAUGUGAUUGCAUCUCUCAUUUUUGCCCGUCGCUUUGAAUAUGAAGACCCUUACCUCAUCAGGAUGCUGAAAGUACAGGAAGAAAGUUUUACAGAAAUCUCUGGCUUCCUUCCUGAGGUUCUUAACACAUUCCCGAUACUCCUGCACAUCCCAGGGCUGGUUGACAAGGUCUUCAAAGGUCAGAAGAACUUCAUGGCCAUACUGCAUAACCUGCUGACUGAGAACAGAACCAGCUGGGACCCGGCCCAGCCACCCCGAAAUUUGACUGAUGCCUUCCUAGCAGAGAUAGAGAAGGCCAAGGGGAAUCCUGAGAGCAGCUUCAAUGAUGAGAACCUGCACACGGUGGUGGGAGACCUGUUCAUUGCAGGGAUGGUGUCCACAUCAACCACGCUGUACUGGGGCCUGCUGCUCAUGAUCCUGCAUCCGGAUGUGCAGCGCAGAGUCCAACAGGAAAUCGACGAAGUCAUAGGACAGGUGCGGUGUCCAGAGAUGGCAGACCAAGCCCACAUGCCCUACACCAAUGCUGUCAUUCAUGAGGUGCUGCGCUUUGCAGACAUUGGUCCAGUGAAUUUGCCACGCAUCACUAGUCGUGACAUUGAAGUUCAGGACUUCCUCAUCCCCAAGGGGACAGUCCUCAUCACCAACCAGUCCUCUGUGCUGAAGGAUGAGACUGUCUGGGAGAAGCCCCUCCGCUUCCAUCCUGAACACUUCCUGGAUGACCAAGGCCACUUUGUGAAGCCUGAGGCCUUCAUGCCUUUCUCUGCAGGCCGCAGAUCAUGCCUGGGGGAGCCCCUGGCCCGCAUGGAACUCUUCCUCUUCUUUGCCUGCCUCCUGCAGCGCUUUAGCUUCUCGGUGCCUGAUGGACAGCCCAGGCCCAGCGACCAUGGCAUCUUUGGUGCUCUAGUUGCCCCCUCCCCCUACCAGCUCUGUGCUGUGAGACGUGACCAAGGACACUAA